GUAAAAUUGUCAAAAGCAGACAGGAUAAUCUAUCCCAUAUUCAAGAUUUCCGAUAUAAAGAGGAGAGGCCAUUGUUAACUCAAAACACAACACUCAACAUACCUCACCACAACAAUGGUGGUGGUGACCUCAAUCAACACCACUUGUACUCUAUCUCCUUAUAACAAUACCACCCUUCAUUCACCAUCUGCAACCCCAAACUCAAACUUCUACACCUUCAUCUGCAGACCCACUUCACCAUCUCUCUUCUACUUGCAGCAGCUCUGUAAAAACAGAAACCCCACAAAGCCCAAAAGCUGUAGCUACUCUAAUGGAAUCUUGGUGGUUAAGGGCUACAGGGAAGACUCAACCACUGUUUCUGGUUUUGUUAAUAAAGUUGUGGGAGCACUCCCUUUAGUUGGCCUUGUUGCUAGAAUUUUCAGUGAUGUGGGAGGUGUUGGUGGUGAUAUUGUCGAUUUCGCAGAGUUUAGGAGGAGAGUGGGGAAUAAUUCUUCGGUUAAUGAUUCUAGAGCUUUUGUUGAUUUUCAAGAUCGGAGAGGAAAGGCAGGAGAUCCUAUUUAUGUGCUUGCAUGCUGUUGGUUAGCAGCUGUUGGAGCUGGUCUACUCAAAUCUGAGGAAAUUUUGGAGGGGGUAUCAAGGCUUAGACUUUCUAAUGAUAUUGAAUUUGAAGAAGAGACUUUUCUAGCAUUAAUGAAGGAAGCGAAAGAGAAACGAUCAAAAUCAAAAACUCCUGCUCCUAGCAUCCCAAUUGAAGCUCGAGCGGAGAAAGCUAUGGAAGCAAUAUAUAUUUGUUGUUUUGGAAGGGACCCGAUAGAAGAAGUGGAUGAGCAGUUACUAUGCAUCAUGCUUGCUGUUGUUUUCCCAACAGUUGGAAAAUCAGAGAUAAAUAGGAUUGUUAGCGACCAGGCAAAGAGAGUUGCCGAGGGAAUCGAAGAAAAAUAUCCGGAGCCCAAACCGCUAUCAAAAGAAGCUGUACAGCUGCAGAUGAAGGACUUGCAAUUUCUUAGACAAAAUAGUGAAACUUAAAAGGCUUUUUCAUCCAUACUAAUGAUGUUCUGUUUGCUGUCAGAAUUCUUAGCAUAUUUUAUAAAAGAACUAUUUUCUGCCUUCCCUUGUAAUAUACAUAGUGAAAAGACAAAACAGUGGUUUUAGAA